AUGACCAACCUAGUCGACGAAGAAGUGAAGGCGGAGGCGGCGCACUUCGUGUUCGUCCCGCUUAUGGCCCAGGGGCACAUCAUCCCCGCCGUCGACACCGCGCUGCUGCUGGCCACUCACGGCGCGCUCUGCACCAUUGUCGCCACGCCGUCCACGGCGGCGCGGGUGCGCCCCACCGUUGAAUCCGCCCGGCGGUCCGGCCUGCCAGUCAGCCUCGUCGACUUCCCGCUCGACUACGCCGCGGUCGGCCUGCCCGACGGGAUUCCAGGCGGAGCGGACAACAUGGACAACGUCCCCCCGGAGUACAUGCUGGCCUACUUCAACGCCGUCGCGCUCCUCCGGGAGCCGAUCGAGGCCCACCUCCGCGAGCACGCGCCUCGGCCACCAACAUGCAUCGUGUCCGACUUCUGCCACCCGUGGACCGUGGAGCUCGCGGCCAGCCUCGGGGUCCCCCGGCUCACCUUCUUCAGCAUGUGCGCCUUCUGCGGACGUUUAGUCGACGACGUUGAACCUCUCAACGCAGCACAACGUUGA